UACCAACCUUCUGUUUAUCAUUCUGCCGUUAUGAGGACUGAGGUAGCUGCUGCUCUUCUCCUGGGGUUCUGUGCUGUGGCUGUGUCUGUGUCUGGUGAUGAAAACAGAACAGGCAAACGGGACACUCGGGAGGUCAAGGUGGCUCCCCCCGACCCGGUGGACUGUGUCUGGAGCCGCUGGUCUGAGUGGACCCCCUGUAACAGCUGCACCAAGAUACGGCACCGUUCUCGGAGUGUGGAGGUGUUCGGCCAAUUCGGUGGGAAGCCCUGUCAAGGACAGCCAAUAGGAGAGCAGCAGGCGUGCACCAGCGAUGCUGUGUGUGAACAGGCCCUGCCCUCUGAGUGCUCCAGCACUGAGUUCACUUGUGAAUCAGGUGCAUGUAUUAAGUUGAGACUGUCGUGUAACGGAGACUAUGACUGUGAGGACGGGUCAGACGAGGACUGUGAGCCCGUACGUAAGCCCUGUGGCACAAAGUUGUACGACACCAACGAACAGGGCAGGACUGCAGGAUAUGGAAUCAACAUCUUGGGCAUGGAGCCCCGUAUAAACCCCUUCAACAACGACUACUUCAAUGGGAUGUGCAACAAGGUGAAGAACCCCAAUAACAACGAGUACAACAGGCUGCCUUGGAACGUGGGCUUGCUCAACUAUGAAACUAUAGCAGAGGAGACCGUUUCCAAAGAGAUCUAUGAGGACACAUACACCCUCCUGAGGGAACUGAUGACUGAGACCAAGUUGACUGUGAGCGCUGGGUUGAACUUAAAAUUCACCCCCACAGAAAAGUCUAUGGCCAAGUCCAAUACGACUGUGUCAGGAGGGGUUGGGUUGGAUGCUGAGUAUYACAGGACACAGAUGAUCAAGGAGGUCUCGGAGUACACUACCAUCAAGAACAAGAGUUUCAUGCGUGUGAACGGCCAUGUGCAGCUGAGCACCUAUAGGAUGCGUUCCCGGGACCUUCAGGUGGCUGGGGAGUUUCUAGAGCAUGUCAAGUCUCUACCUCUGGAGUAUGAGAAAGGACAAUACUUCAGCUUUCUGGAGGACUACGGGACUCACUACACCAGGAAUGGGAAGUCUGGAGGAGAGUACCAGCUGAUCUACGUUCUCAACCAGGACACCAUCAAGGACAAAAAGCUGACUGAGAGAAAGCUCCAGGACUGCAUUAAAGUUGGAAUCUCAGGAAACUUUGACACCAACAUCGGGAUUGGAGGAGAUGCCCACAUCAGACCGGGAUACUGUAAAGACACUGUGAAUAAAAACACAGCUGAGAAGGAGGGCAAGGCGCUGGUGGAUAAGGUGAUAACUGUAGUCAGGGGCGGAACCGUGGAGACCGCUGUCGCCAUGAGAACCCAGAUAACGAAGGAGGGGCUGAUGGACAUACAGACCUAUCAGAACUGGGCCCGGACAGUGGGCGAUGCCCCUGCACUCCUCAGAAGUGAGCCAGAACCCAUUCAGACCCUGAUCCCACUGAGUAUGCCUGAUGCCAACACCAGGAGGCUUAACAUGCAGAGAGCCACUCAGGAGUACGAGGCUGAGUACAGUGUGUGCAAGUGUCAGCCCUGUCACAAUGGGGGCUCUCUGGCCCUGCUGGACGGGAAGUGCCUGUGUCUCUGUCUGCCCCAGUUUGAAGGUCUGGCCUGCCAGGAUGCCAAGGCUGAUAACAAUAAGAAUAGUAAAAUCCCCGUGGAGAGUGUUCCUCAGGAGGGAAACUGGUCGUGUUGGGCAGCCUGGUCAGGCUGCAGUGGAGGAAAACGGACCAGGACCCGCAGCUGUAACACACAGGGCCUCUCUGGUGCCACCUGCAGGGGAGACACAGUCACUGAAGACUACUGCUGAGCACACUCUCAUACAGAACGCUAUGAUGACACAGCAUAACUAACGGAACCCCGUACAUGUAGACAAAGAGGAGUUAAUGCAUCUUAUACACAUAUGUUUGCACACACACACUCACACACACUCUCAUACACACACU